AUGCAUCGUCCUGUUGACUGUGAUACUGUUAGAAAAUGGGUUCUCAAGAAUGGAGGCAAUGCAGAACCAGAAAAUUGGAAAACUGUUAAUACAAAGCCCUGCCCAAAAUGUGGUCGUGCAAUUGAAAAAAAUCAGUCUCGCAUGCAUAUGACAUGUGUGGCUCCAUGCUGCUUUGAAUUUUGUAGGUUAUGCCUUGGGGAUUGGAAUGCCCACUCUUAUGAUUUUGCUUGCAACAGAUUUCAAGUUGAUGAUCAGGGGACAGAGACAGUAACUAAUCAAGAAUCUGAAUCUGAGGCAGAGGAAAUACAGAGAAAACAGAGAAAGGCCAUUAAACAAUCUUUGGACAGAUACAGUCAUUAUUAUGAACGAUGGGUUGCCCAUGAAAGAUCUAGGGAAAAAGCAAUGUCAGAUUUGAAGCAUGUUCAGAGAUUUCAGAUCAAACAGUUGAGUGACAAACAAUGCACAUAUGGCUUUCAUAUUAAAUUUGUGACAGAUGCAUGGAUUCAGAUUGUUGAAUGCAGGCGUGUGCUCAAGUGGACAUAUGCUUAUGGCUAUUAUCUUUCUCAAGAUGAAACUUCCCUCAAGAAUAUGUUUGAGAAUUCUCAAGCUUAUGUGGAGUCUUCUUUAGAAUGA